AACAGCAUUAUUGUCACAACAGCCCUCAACGACGCAACAGUACAAUAGCAAUGUUAGUUUUAAUACUCCAAACAACACUAAUAUUAGCAGUGUAAAUAGGACACCGCAAUUAAGUCCCAAAAUUGUUAAUGCUAUGAAUCCUAUACAACAAAUUAACUGUUCCCCGGCCGAGAGUGUUAAAUAUACGAUAAUAGCUGAAGGUACUGGAAAUGAUAGUGGUGAACCCAUAGAAAUUCAAUUGGCCGAAGAUGAUGGAGCUUUAAAUUUAAAUAGUUCAGCUGAUUCAGGACGUUUAGAAAUAUGUUUGGCUCCGGAAGAUAACAUAGAGAUUAAGACAGAAUAUAAUAAUGGAAAUAAUAUAAUACCCAUGCAGCCGCAGCAGGUGUCUGCUUUACCCACAUUGGACACAACUGCUAGUGAACAUCAUUUCAUAAAAAGGCGAAAAAUGGCGGCAGAGCAACUUGAAUCGCUCAGCACAGCAACGAAACAUGUCAACAAUGAUCAAACAGUGACGACUUAUAACUAUGUGCCACCUAAACUACCAGUACAAAAACGUCGCAGUAGCGGUAAUAGUUUACUUAAGACGCCUAAAGUACAAAUUAAUAAUAUACAAACCACUCCACUGCAAAAUACCAUUCCCUCACCCAUAAACAACAGCAAUUCAUCAUUUAAUAGUGCAAAUGGCGACACAAGCAUCAUUGGCAUUGAUACGGACAAUGUAAUGGUUUCCAUAGGACCAAAUAACACCCGUAUACCAGCAAAACUUUACGAAAACAUGAAUUGGUCUUCGGCCUCGAUAGCAACAAGAAAACUCUUAAUGGCCAUAUUUGAUCGCAGUGUCUUGGCGACACAUUCAAUGACAGGCAAACCUUCGCCGGCCUUUAAAGAUCAUGGUAAACCCGUCAAACAAAUGUUGGAUCCUCUAAUCAUAGCCGACAUAAUAUUUGCGGUAACACGCAAAUGUAAGGCUUCCGACAAGGAAGUACGCAAUGCCAUCACCACAAAAUGUGCCGAUGAAAAUAAAAUGAUGAAACUACAAAUGAAUAAACGAACACCAAUGAGGGAAAUUAAUAAAGAAAAUAUGUUUCGUUGAUC